UUUUAUUAGCCCCUUCGUUGCAUACUAUUUUUGGAACAAAGGAAAAAAUGGUAUUGAAUGAGCAGGCGAGAGAGACAUUCAGGCUCUGCUCGUCUUGCGAUUCUUUGUUUUCUUUUUUCUUUUUUUCUUUUUUUUUUUCCCUUGCCGAGCUUUCUUGUUCAAACUUUUUCUUUUUUCCGUAAUCAGAGCAAAAUUCUUCAGGGGUUCCGACAUUGAUUCGUUUGGGGUGUCGUCUCGUCCGACAUUGAUUCAUCGUCUACUUCUUGGCAUUUAUUAGAGAAAAUCCCCAAUUUCUUUUCUUCUUUUUUUUCCCCUUAAUUUUCUCGUGAUGAAAACUGCACAUUUUUAAGCAGAGGAAGGUUGAAAUGAUCCAGACGCUGGGUGGCGAAUCACCUCCCAGUAGAUAAUCAUUUCUUUCUCCUUUCUUGAAGGCAUCGAUUUUGAUCUGUUGCCACUUCUUCCCACCCAUUGCCGCUGCCCUCUCCCGCUCUCUCUGCUUUGUCUCUUAUGAUUUCAUUCUGAUCAACAUGCCGUCUUCCUGAUUCUUUUUCUUUUUCUUUUUUAUUAUAUAUUUCGAUUUGGGAUUCAAAAAGGAGCUGAGGUGAAGAAAUAUUACCGCUCCUGCAAUCACGUCAGCAUGUUUGAACAGAUUGGAGUUAAGGGACUGGUUUCUUGAUCCACAAGCUUUAGGAGCAGAUUUCAUGGUUGCCUAUUGGAUGAUGCAACAGUAAGUGGUGGAAGAAGCAGCAGCAGGAGGAGAAGCAGAAGGAGGAAGAGAGGAAUCGAGCCUCUGAAAAUGGCGAGCUCAGAAACUGAUGCAAGUCAAGACAGAAGACGAAGGAUGUUGAUUUUGAAUCAGAAACUCGAUAAUCCUAUGGAUAAGGAGGCUGAGAAGCUACGGGGUGGAUACCCUCGAAAGGAAAUUUCAGGCUUAUUACUCCUGCAGCUUUCCUUCCAAAGUCUUGGUGUCGUUUUCGGAGACUUAGGCACAUCUCCCUUGUAUGUCUUCUACAACACCUUUCCUCAUGGGAUUCAACAUCAAGAAGACGUGAUUGGAGCUCUAUCGCUGAUCAUAUAUUCCCUCACUCUCAUUCCGCUUAUUAAGUAUGUCUAUAUCGUCUCCAGAGCAAAUGAUGGUGGUCAAGGUGGGACAUUUGCUCUCUACUCGUUACUCUGUCGUCAUGCAAAUAUACAGUCUAUUCCAAAUCAAGAUCGGAGUGAUGAGCAGCUGACAACCUAUAGCCGUUCUACAUAUGAAGAACAUUCAUUUGCUGGAAAAACAAAAAGAUGGUUGGAGAGGCGUGCAUGGAGACAACAUGCGAUCCUUAUUCUGGUUAUCAUCGGAUCUUGCAUGGUUAUCGGGGAUGGCAUUCUCACACCGGCAAUAUCAGUUUUAUCAGCAACUGGCGGGAUCAGGUUAGACCAACCAAAGAUGUCUGAUGAGGUGGUGGUGCUUGUCUCUGUUGCAAUAUUAGUAGUCCUCUUCAGCGUGCAACAUUAUGGAACUGAUCGUAUCUCUUGGCUCUUCGCCCCAAUUGUUCUCGUCUGGUUCAUCCUGAUUGGAGUUAUUGGAAUAAUCAACAUCUGCAAGUAUGAUUCAAGUGUAUUGAAAGCUUUCUCACCAAUUUAUAUUAUUCAGUAUUUCAAAAGAGGAGGGAAAAAUGGGUGGACAUCCCUUGGGGGUAUUAUGCUUAGUAUCACAGGAACGGAGGCAGUUUUUGCAGAUCUAUCCCAUUUUCCUGUUUCGGCCAUACAGAUUUCUUUCACUGUGAUCGUCUUUCCCACACUCAUCUUAGCCUACUCCGGACAAGCUGCUUACCUCAUGGAAAACCCGGAUCAUGUAUUUGAUGUGUUCUAUCGUUCCAUUCCAGAGAGUAUAUACUGGCCCAUGUUUCUUGUUGCAACUGGAGCAGCUGUCGUUGCGAGUCAAGCCACAAUAUCAGCGACCUUCUCCCUGAUCAAGCAAGCACUUGCUCUCAGCUGUUUCCCAAAUGUUAAAGUCGUGCACACAUCCAAAAUUUACCACCAUCAGAUAUACAUCCCGGACAUCAACUGGAUCCUCAUGGUCCUUUGUGUCACUGUCACUGCAGCAUUCCAGAACCAAAACCAAAUUGGAAAUGCCUCCGGGACUGCGGUUGCGGUUGUUAUGAUCGUGACAACUUUUCUGAUGGUCCUGAUCAUGAUUUUGGUGUGGCGAUGCCACUGGAUUCUCGUUGUCAUCUUCACUGUCUUGUCCCUAAUUGUGGAGGGUACUUACUUCACUUCAGUGCUCUUCAAGAUCAAUCAGGGAGGGUGGGUCCCUUUAGUGAUAGCGGCAACCUUUUUCAUCAUCAUGUACAUAUGGCAUUAUGGUUCAAAGAAGCGCUACGAGUUCGAGAUGCACAGUAAGGUGUCCAUGGCAUGGAUCCUCGGGCUUGGUCCCAGUCUAGGUCUGGUGCGGGUUCCAGGGGUUGGGCUCGUGUAUACAGAGCUUGCAAGAGGAGUUCCCCUCAUGUUCUCCCACUUCAUCACCAACUUACCAGCCAUCCACAGUGUCGUAGUAUUCGUGUGCCUCAAGUACCUCCCUGUGUACACGGUCCCAGAAGAGGAGCGGUUCCUCAUAAAACGAAUUGGCCCAAAGAACUUCCACAUGUUCCGAUGUGUGGCAAGAUAUGGUUACAAGGACCUCCACAAGAAGGACGAUGAUUUCGAGAAGAUGCUCUUUGACAGCCUCUACACGUAUGUUCGGGUCGAAUACAUGAUGGAAGAAUGCACGGAGAGUGAGCCUAGCUUAUUGGAUGAUCAGGAAACCAGAUGCUCCGGGGAGGCUCUUGAAGCCCAUGAAAAUGGCAGCACUACCCUAUCCUCAAUCGUCGACUUCACAGUCACAUCAGUGGAAUCGAUUGCGCCUGCUGAAUCCCCUCGAGCUAAUAACAAUAGCAACGGCCAUUUUGCUGGGGGUCCCAGGGCGAGCAGGACGGAGAUCGAGGAGAUAGAAUAUUUGGACCGUUGCAGAGCCGCCGGGGUUGUGCACAUUCUAGGAAAUACGGUGGUGACUGCAAGGAGAGAUGCGAAUUUCUUGAAGAAGCUAGCGAUCAACUACAUAUACGCACUUCUUAGGAAGAUAUGCCGGGAGAACAGUGUCAUGUUCAAUGUACCUCAUGAGAGUCUCUUAAAUGUCGGGCAGAUUUUCUACGUGUGAUCACUUUCAUUGCAGUUGCUCGGGUGGAACAUUUAAGACCGAGAAAAAGGAAGAGAAUGAUGUAAUAAGUAAAGUGAGUUGAAUAGAUAGCACCUGCUCUAAUUGCUUCUUUCCGAAACACUGGUAGCAACAAAACGCAGAUUUCUUGUCAA